AUGCCUGUACUUCCAACUACUACCUCUGCACCAAUCCCAUGGCUCUCGACAAAGCCGGUCAUAUUAUGGUUUCAUGACCCAGGAGUGGUAUUCACACAAGAUGCUGUCAUCAAUCCAGAUCAUUUUCCGAACAUUAGAGAUGGACAGCUCUUGAGAAUACAUUUCCCGCGUAGUGGUUCUCAUCCACCAGUGACAUUACCAGGACCUACUAGCCCUCAACAGUCAGGGAAUUCACUAUCUCAACCAUUCUCAUUAGCACAGUUUGAAAGAGACCCCUUGAUUGUAAAGGCAGCAUGCGUCGAUCGUGAAUUACUUGUGCGCCAACAGCAUCUCCAGAUAUCUGUUUCGCGUGACAUUGCCGAAAGAUUCAAUAUUAGAUUUCGCCCUGAAGUUUAUGUUGAAUUAAUUGAUUCUAGUUCUGUAACUCUUAGUCAUGUCGAGCUAUGGUUUAAAGAGCAAUACCUUGGAAGAAGUGACAUGUGGCGGCUACAGCAGAGCCUCAAGGGAGCUUGUGUCUAUGUCGAGAAGAAGUUAGUUUUUGCUGGUGUUAUAAAGGCCACCGUAAAAAAGCUAUAUAAUGACGGACAAGAGGUCAGCUCAGGUUAUAUAAGCGAUAGUACGCGUAUGAUUUUUCGCUCAGGUUCAGCCAAGUAUUUUGUGUAUAUUCAAAUGUCGCGCGAGAUGUGGGAAUUUGAUGAAGACGGCGAACUCUACUUUGAAAAAGUUGUAAACAACUUUUUACCCCAGUUAUUUCAGAGAUGGAAGGAUAUGGGUACCAAUCACGUAGUAUCUAUUGUACUAUUUACGCGCGUGUUUUAUGAUGCAGAUGAUCCGCUUGACAAUAUGGUCAAUCAGGCUGAAGAUGGCCGGUUUUACAAAGACUUUUACAAGGUUCUAGCAGACUGGGAAACCACUGAUGAUUGGAUGUCCAUCAUCGGUCCCCUCAAAAAAGAGCAGCUCAAAUUUCAACAACAAGUGCUCACUCGUACCGACGAUGGGAAAACUAUCGUAUGUGGACGAAUGGGAAUGGCAUUUGAAGGAAAUCUACUUGAAGCUGUCAAUUUGGCCCUUAAUCCUUUCGAAAAGCACUAUGUUGAUCGUGAUUUGAUGCGCACUGGUCUAUCUAUCAUCCUGAUCACACCUGGUGCUGGGAAAUUUUCAGUAAACAAAAAACUUCUUCGGUUAACAAACGAAAGAAUGACCGACAAUGGCAUUGCCAUGGACCUUGUUUGUCUGUCUCCUUUACCACUCCAUAUCACACCUUUACUGUUCUAUAUUUCAUCAGCUUUGCCAGAUGAUAUUGAAAGUUGUGCAACACCUAGGUAUUCAAAAAAUACGAUGGGUAACUCCCCGGACAAGAAUUCUUCUGGAAAGAAAGUUGCUGCUCAAACCGAUCCUUUAUAUCGCGAUGAUACAAGCACGACAACUCAGACUUAUUGUUCGAUACCGCAUUGGAUUGACUGUAGCUUUUACCAUCACGAGACAGGUCGAUUUCUAAAACAAGAUAAGUUUAAGACACGCUGCAAGAUGUAUGAGCUUCAGAUGAUGGGUAUCAUGGAGCAUGAUAUUGCAACUAUCUCUGUACCCUCUCUGGCCGAGCAAUUUCCAAAAUCUUCCAGUGCUAGUAUUAUUAAACAGCAAAGAAGCAGUAGUAGUCUGAAUGAUAAGCUCACUUUACGAUCAGAGGACCAUGCUGCAUUCUCGGGUGCCCCUGUUGAAGGUUACUUGUCUCGCUCAGCAAACUUUCCGUCAAACCCAAGAUCGUCUUACAUCACUACAUCUGAUGAUAUUCCUUCUUUCAAAGCCAUAUUACCUAGCUCUACAGACUAUUCUACUUAUGACAGUAUGGUAUUCAAAGACUCUCUUGAGCCACGUUUCAAUCGGCGUAUACCGCCUGUUAAACUCCAUUCUGCACCAAAACAAACAUCUUCUGGAACUCAUAGGAGCUCAUUCGAUGGUCCUGACCGGCAAGAGACUGAUCAAUGGCAAGGUAAUAAUACUCGAACUUGUGCCGUUAAGUCAAGUACGACAUGGCACCACGGGGAUCAGCGUCGAUUGACAUCUAUUAUGUCUCAGUCGCAACAAGCCAACGGAAAGAUUACUUUCAAUAGUCCUGUACGAAGGGAUGAUCAGGUUACCAAGGGAUCCGAUCCUUUCAAGGGUUCUCCUACCCUGGCCAGAGAAGAUGUUUACACGCGUUUUCGAUCUGCGCGACGAGGAACGAUGAAUAGUAACGACACCAAAUUUCCAAAUACCACCGACCCUGGCCAGCAAAUUGAUCGCCUAUUGGUCCCUGAAGAUGAUGACUCUGUGCUAGUGAGCUCGAGUACUGUGGAUCCAGUACCGAUCAAUAACAAAGGGUUUGGUCGUAUGGAUAGUCGAAAGACAGCUGGUGGUCAUUCCCCUCGUCAGCCUAUAAUUUCUGGAAGUAUGCCCUCUCUCCAUAAGCAGUCGGCAAACAGCGAUAUUCGGACAAGUAUUGGAGGAGUGGGACCAAACAGAUCGUCACCUCACAAUACAAAUCGACCGACAAAUUCACGAAUCCUGCUCAUUAAUCCUUGUAACCCUGCUGACCAGGCUAUGGCCUUUACAUCAUAUCUAAGACGCUGGCAGCACGCAUUACCUAAAGCUGAGAAGCAUGAUGGGCCAGUUGUUUAUUGGAAAUCGCUUUCCAAUCCAGCUUGUUUACCACUAACCACAGACUACUUUCCGUCUCCUGAGGAGCGAGCAACGUUUUAUGAACUUUUUAUGUACACUGUAUCUGCAAGUGAAGACGUAAACCUUUAUCAGGCCGGUGACCAUACUCUCUCGGAACGAAAGAGAACUGAGAAUCUCCUAACAGAAAUGCUUAGUCAAAGAUUAGCCCAAGGAUUCCAAAUUAUUGUGGAUAGUACUGGUAGCGAAACAUAUUCUAAAAAGUCUACAAUGGAAAAUCAAACCAAAGACAAAGAGGCAGGAAUGACAGCAGGAUCUAAUGGUCACACUAAUACCAAGACAGCUAUGGGUAGUCUUCAAGAUGAGCCUGAUAGAUCAAAGUGGAACCAAAGAAUGUACUGGCUGUCCAUGGGUCAUCAAGUACAUCAAGUUACAUUUGACUCUUCUGGUCAGAACGUAGAAGUGCGUCGUUAUGUACGAAUAAUUUCUUUUGAUCUUAAAAAAAUCAUUUACACCUGUGCAAUUUGGCCCAAGCAUCUUCCAGGUUACCGUCCAAAGAAUGUUGCGUUUAACUAUCCAAGCAUCUCUUACGGCUGGAACUACCUUGAUCAUUUGGUCGCCGGAUAUCAAGAAAAUCUUACAGACAAUCUGCGGUUCUGGCGUGCUCGCUUUAUUAUCAUCCCCCGGGAACAAUUGCCGCCCAAUGUGAUGGUACCAGGGAUGUCCCACGAUCAUCUUGAUGACGAAGAAAAGCGACUAGCACUUUUUGACACCUGGAUCCAAAAUAUCCGAAAGGUGCGCUGGUGGACGCCCAAAGAAAAGGAAGAGAUGCAAACAAAGCGCAAGAAAGAAUUGUGUAUAUCUGAUUUUGGCCCCAAGUUGACAACAAUGGACUCCUCGGCUUAUUUGACAUCUGAAGUUGCCAAUUCUGUUGGUAACUCCAUUGGCGAAUCUCUGGUCAGUCAGCACAAUAGUCUAUUAUCUUCUAUUGGUAGUCUUGGACAACCUCUUGGACUCUCCAAGGAAUCCAAAUCUAAAGAUAUAGUGAUAGCUAUGCGUGAUUUUAAAGAAGGUCUUAAGAUUAAGGACAGAAGAUGGCAUUUCAGAAUGUUCCGUAAUGCCUUUGUAGGCUCUGAAUGCGUAGACUGGAUAGUCAGCCAGUUUGAUGAUAUUAGUACACGCGAGGAAGCUGUUGCGUUUGGUAACAGUUUAAUGGCUCGCAAACCCCCUCUUUUUGUAUCUUCCACCGACCGUCAUGGUUUUUUGGAUGGCCACUACUUUUAUCGACUACAUGAUGAGUUUACACCCGGUCAACAGAAAGCCUGGUUUCUCAACAACUCGACUCAAAGCAGUAGACGGUCUACCACAACAUCGUUGGCUACACACCACUCGGGUGGUAAAGAUAGCAAGGAGAGCUCUAAUUUAAAUGAGAAGACAGGAGCCCGACCGUCUGUUAAUCGCGAUGUAGAAGAGCCAGUGAUCUUUGAAAUGUCGCGAUCAAUGAUUAUUGACGUUGACCCUUACAAAAAGAGCGACAGACGUGAGACAGCCAUUCUUCAUUACGAUACCCUUCACAAUCCUAAAAAUUGCUAUCAUCUCCAGAUCAAUUGGCUCGGAUGCACGGCUCAAUUGAUCCAGGAAUUAUUACAGAACUGGAGUAGACAGGCCGAACGACUUGGGCUCAAGGUUGUGGAGGGCUCUGUUGAGCAAGCAUACGAAGAAUCUGAGAAUAACAACCCGUUCCAGUGCCCGGUACCGAUCUCAUUUGCUGUUGCGCCACCGUCUGUCUCGGAAAUUAACCCAAAAUAUGAGGUUCCUGAUCAAUUCUAUGCAAUUGCUUUAGUACGCCAUAUGGGAUUUGUAUUAGAUGUUGAGGCAGAUUCGAGAUUCGAUAAGGCCAAGGCAGAGGGUAUUAAGCUUAAAUACUCCUAUGUAAAGGAGCCAUACAAAUACGAUCAAUAUGUACAUCGCUCUGGCGUGGCCUUUGUACAAAUCCGGCCUGAUAACCAAGGUUUCUUUUGGGUUAACAACAGACUCUACACAAACCAUACUCCGGCGCUGGUGGCUCGUCGCCGCGCGGAGACCAGUACACUUAUGCACCCAGAUGUUUUGCGAACUACCUUUCAAGCACGCUGCAAUGAUCGUGCAUGGCUCACUGAAUUUUUUGAGACAACGCGUGCACAGCUUGUUCACCCAACUGAGCAUGAAGAUAGUCUAGGGUCCUGGGUACUUGAAAAUGUACGAGCAAUUGACGAUCUUGCUACCGAAGAUACAGAGCAUGAUCUUGUUCUCGAUCCUAUCAGUCCUACAAUAGCUGUAUCCAGUGGAGCUUCAACUAUGCCAUUUGUCACGGCAAGUCAAUCUAGUACGACUAACACUUCAACCACAACUACUACCACAGCCGCAGCCACAGCCACAGCAGCAGCCACAGCCACCUAUACAGUGACAGCAACAGCGACAGCUUCUAAUGUUACUGGUGGUACUAAUGCCGCCAAUGUUACAAUUGGUCCGUCAUCGGCACCAACGACAGCGCCCUUAUCGACGGGAAUUGCAUCAGGACCAAAUACAACAUCAAUAGCAGAUGAGUCGCAUGGAGGACCAUCGUCCCUUGGGGUUCUUGAUGUGACCCAUUUUUCUACCCCGCCAACCUCAAUUUAA